ACGCUUUUCACCUGGCACUCCACCAGGCGGCACCACAGUUGUCUGUCACAAGGAAACUCCCUGUCACAUGAUUGCCUUUACGGAAAAGAGUUCUAAUGGAAACUGCUCCCCGGUGGUGCCAGCAAGCAGUGGAGUGUUCAUCUUCAAAACCAACCCCAGUGACCAGAGCACGUGCGGCUCGGAUGUCCUCCUGGUGCCGACCAACAGCUCACAGAACGUCUGCAUAGCAGUGGGAGCUAAUGGAGAGAUCCGCUGCUUUCAAGUGGAGGUAGCAAACGACACAGCGGACACAUGUAAAUCAGUCAACCCAUGUCUGAACAACGGUGUCUGUGUGAACAAACCGACAUCCCCUGCUGGUUAUGUUUGUGCCUGCUCCAUGCUGUAUACAGGCAUCAACUGUAGUCAAGAAAAUCAAGGCAUUCCUUUGAACAAAUCUGUUAUUCCUGAUAAGCCUCACGCCAUCAUACCCACAGCACCAACUGGUCUCAACAUCAACUGCUACGUCGGGUCUACCUGUCGUGUACCUGUCUACAUGGUCGGGUCCCGAUCAGGAACCUUUCCUGGUGUCACCACAAGUUUAUCAUCGCCUGGACUGACGUCAACGGUUUCUGAUCCCCACCCGGACAACAUCACAGGCACUCCAAGCGGCCUGAGGUCAACUCUUAUUGUCACACCCUCUCAAGCUGGCCAGCAUCAUGUGUGUGUGGACAUCAAAGACCAAAGCGGUGUCAACUCCGACACAGUUUGUUACCUGAUUAACAGCUUACCUCAGCAAGGUAACAUCAUGCCUCAUUAA